AUGUUUUCAUUAUCAACUUCAGCAAUAGAUCGUUGUGAAAAAUAUUCUAUUGAAUAUUUUACGGUUAGCAAUCAGGAUAUGACAGAUGAACAAUUAGUAGCACGUAUUGACAAAGCACAUAGUACAUGCGAAGAUGUAAAAACAAAAAUACAAAUGUUAAACAAUUUUUCUCAAAUGGCGCAAUUUUUAUUUAUUGAACAUGGAGCAUAUAACGCAAAAUCUCUUCAUUCACGACGAAGUCAACUUGAUUCGUUGGCUGUAUCAACAUAUUAA